ACCACACCUAAAACCCAGCAGCAGAACCCCCUAUCUCUCUGAAAUUUCUGCCUUCAUAAACCCUCCCUGUUUUCCCCUCUCCUCUCUCAAAUUCUCAAGAGAAAAUCAUGAACUUCCUCCCUAAGUCCAGCGACCAACAAAUUUUCCCAGCAUCCAAACAAGCCCCGCAAAUUGACCUCCACCAUGCCUUUACCACUCUCCAAGACCACUGCUCUACAUUUCUCCAAAACCUCUCUCACCAAUUCCCUCUCUUCAAUCCCAACUUCCAAACCCACGCAAAACAAUCACUCGACACUCUUAUCUCACGCCUCAACCCCAACUCUCCCUUGUCCUCCAAGAACCCAUUAUGGGCUCGAAUUCCUCACGAGCCCGUUAAUCAACCAGGCACUUCCAUGUCAACUGAAACCAUUGAAGAGAGAUUGGCUGGCGUGCCUGUGUAUGCUUUGAGUAAUUCCAAUGAAGAAUUCGUGUUGGUUUCUGGGCUUUCAACGGGGAAGUCUCUUGGAUUGUUUUGUUUCAAACAGGAGGAUGCAGAGGCACUCCUUGAGCAAAUGAAGAGCAUGGACCCUGGAAUGAGAAAAGGCGGCUCAAAAGUUGUUCCUGUUGCGUUAAACAAGGUUUUUCAGUUAAAAGUUGAUGGGGUGGCCUUUAGGUUGAUACCGGAACCUUCACAAGUCAAGAAUGCACUUAUGGAAAGAGAGCGGGUUGGUUUAUCUGAUGAUUGCUUCUCCGGGGUUCCAGUUUUCCAGUCAAGGAGUUUGGUAUUGAAAAGUCAAAACAGAAGCUAUCGUCCAGUUUUUUUUAGAAAGGAGGAUUUAGAAAAAUCACUUUUAAGAGCUUCCCGUGAGCAGCAUAAAGUAAAUCCUGCCUUCAAGCAGGGGGAUAUUGAGGUUGCUGUUUUCGAAGAGAUAAUUAAGUGUAUGAAGGAGGGUUCUGCUACAACUUGGGAUGAUGUUGUCUUCAUCCCUCCUGGUUUUGAUGUUUCAACUACUCCUGCCAAGCAGUAGGCAGCUGCAGAUGUAGGUGAUGGUUUUCUUGUCAGUUAACUAUCUUACAGUUAUACAGCCAUGCAUUCAGACUAUAAAAUAUGCGGUUUCGAUCAAUUUAGUUUUGUUCAUCUUUCAUCUUUCUUUUGUUUCCAGUGUACCCAUGUUUUACAACUUGGUGCAGACUGAUGUAUUCUGCUGCUGUGUGUUGAAUCUAAUUUGGUUGAAUGAGGCAUUUGAACUCCGGAUGUAAUGAGUAUUAGCAAAUGAAAAAAGGGUGGGUAUGAAAAUUCUAAGCA